AUGUCGAAUCAUAAUUCUCUUCCUCCUCGGAGUCCUUUAUCAUCCACCCCUCCAACUAGCGGGUCUCAAGCGAAAUCCGGAUUGGUUCCGACCAACAAUGUUACCACUAGUGAAGGCAUCACCGUGCGCGCACGAAUCGAUCCCACUUUGACAGUGGCCGACGUGGUUAGGCAGCUUUGCGUCAAUCUGAAAAUCAAGGGAAUACCCUCAGAUUACGCAUUGAGGGAUGAAAAUCAUGAAUUAGUAACCAACGACAAUCUGAGGAAGAAAAUUAAAGCUAGACUGGACCUAAAGCUUGUCAAUUCACCUAAUAAAGAGGGGAGGGAGAUUGCAGAAAAACUUCAAGUACGGGAUCAGAAAACAAUGAGAUUGACCUUAUAUACACUCCAGAGAUAUAUCAGGGAAAACGAAUUUGCUUCAGAGUUCAUCAAUUACGACGGUGUUACGCAGCUUGUGGACAUCAUCUUCACAUCCCUUGGUAAUACCUUAGCAUACGCCCUUACAGCUAUGCAAAACUUAAUGGAACUAGACUACGGAUGGGCGUCGCUCGAUGAGGCUUUUAUCUUCAGAGUUGUCCAGGUGUUAUCAUCCUCUCACUCUCUCAUCAAUGUUUGUCGGCCUGCUACUGCAAUAUUGAAGAAGCUCGUUGAAGCCGAUCCUUCUAAUGCUCCAGGACCUCAAGCCGGUUCUAGUAAGAAUGGGCCUGCUAUAGUCCCUGGAUCGAUAUACCGCUAUGGCUUCACUGUGGUCUUUGAACAAAUGAGAAAAGAAAAAAGUUUAUUGGAAACUAUCGUUAAUCGUCUAGGAAGUGCCGACACGGCUAUGGCGCAAUAUAGCAUGAUGUUGAUAAACUCGCUGCUAUCUCAUGCAAGUGAUGUAAGAUGGGAAGAGUUUAUAGCAGAAAUGGAAAGGUUCAACUUGCGGAAAGCUGUUGUGCGGCUCAUGUCUCAACACACCGUGGAAGAGCUCACCUCCUGUAUCCUCGAUUUCCAAGCUAACAUGUUGAGGGUGACAUAUCGCAAGAAGAGCACACUUGUCGAUCUCGAUGCUCAACUUUCACAUGCAGCAGAUCUCAACUAUAUCUGGGAACAUAGCAAGCUGAUAGAGGAAAGCGAUGAAAAAGGGCAGCAACUCAAAUGGCGCAAACUUGGUUUUGACACUGAAGAUAUUGAAUUGGAAUUUAAUGAUGUUGGGGUCUUAGGCUUAGAGUGUCUGAAACGGUUCGUCGAGCGAGACCCUGACUUUUCGAAGGUUGUGUUGGAACAACUUAGCCGUCCUGUUGAGCGACGGUGUCCGAUUGCUAAGGCGUCUAAUGAAGUUGUGGAAUUGCUGUCAGAACACUGGGCGAUCUUUGCCCCCGGUUAUUCAACUUCGACUACAUUUCAGCCUCUUUUUCUAGAUUUUUACAAAGUUCAUGCAUUAGCCACGAAUUUUUUUAUCAGGAUGUGGAGUGAGAGCGGGGCAGCUACUGGAGAUUUCAUUCGCGUAGUAGCUUUGGUCCGUAGUCAGGUCAAGGUUGCUCUCCGCAACGAAAACGUACGGGCAUGGCAUGAGGUCGAGCGCGAUUUUCUGGAAUGUGAAUAUCGUGCAGUACGGGAUAGACAAAUGAAGGAGCUUGAGCAAGAAGAUGAUCUGCUGAGCAAAAUUCCUGUGCGCAAUCUGCGGGCAAAAAUAUUCAAAGAAUCUUAUGAAUUCGUACGCCAGCAGAGGAUACAAUGUCUACUGCAGGGGGCUUGGUUUGUCAUCGCCUUACCAGGAAAUGCUCCUCAACCACGGGACUCUCGAAGGCCAAGUAAGCCAUGGCGGUUUGUGCGCUUGGUGAGCAUAUCGAGCGAGGAUAAUAGCACGAAGUACUUACAUUAUGUAGACAGUGCAGUGAAAUUUCCUGUUCGGAGUGGUCUCGAAGACCUCCCCGACAGGAUAGAGAUUGCCGCGGUCAGUGAGAUCGCAACGGGUACUUGUGCCCCUCCUCCCAAUGUUCUUCGAGAUCACGAUGAUCUUCCUCCUACCACUCCAUUAGCUCCUUCCCCACUUUCGUUUUCUCUUCUCAGCAUACACGAAGAACAAGGCUCCCUCGCGGACUUAAUAGCACCAGACCAAUCACGCUGGGCUGACUGGACGGAUGGACUGAACAUGUUGAGAAAGGACGGUGGUCAUGUCGCGUCAAAAGAAACGGCAGGAUUCGUUCAGGCGUUGACGGAGAUUGGUCUCAAAAUUAAGCUGCUAGACCUUUCAGGCGAGAUGGUGGAAAUUCCUAGCGGGUUAACGGCGGGUCCACCUCCGCCCAACACCGACUUUUUCUUCUCUGAACUAAUAUAA